AUGGUUGAGGCUUGCAUGAACAAUGACCUAGUGACAGAUGGGAUAGUACUGAAAAGAAAUAGGAAAACCCAAACAGACCCUGUGGAAAAUGGGAAUUCUUCAGGAAGCUUGGAUGACUCCACUUCAACGGCAGACAACACAAAGGAGCCAGUAGCUUCAACAAGCUCAGAGGGACCCCAGCCACAAGAGAGGACAGUCAUACUUCUCUCUCCCCCCCAAGAGGAGUCGCUAGACACCCAGUCUGAGGAGGACCAAGGAGCACCAGAAUGUGAAGAGAUACAAACCCCCCCACAAGAAGAGAGGAAUCCCAUAGCUGCACAGAGGCAUGAGGCAUCUUCUCCAACCCAAGAAGAGGAAGAGGAAGACCCCACAAGUUCCACUCCUCUCCCCACCCCCCCUCCCCCUGCUCUCAAGAGAGCAGGCUCAACCCCCCAGAAGGAACAAUGGAGAGGAUUUUUUCCCACCCCCAAGGCCACAGAGGGAAAGAUUCAGACAAAGAGAAACUCCAACGAUCCACAGGGGACAAGAAGCAUAUCGAUACCAGGACACAACUUGGCAAAGGAACCACAGAACCUGGCAAGAACCCCAAAGGAGAAGACCCCCCUCCCCCACACCCGUACCCAAGGAGUACAUACAGAAACAACAUGUGGCCAACAGAGGAGCGACAACAUACCCCCAGGAACCCCCAAUGGAACUGGCAACCACAGAGAAACCAGGGACAUUGGCAACCCAGGAGGGAACAGAGACAGUGGCACCCCAGGACCCAGAGGAACUGGCACCCCAGAGACACCCACAGAGGAUGGCAUCAACAAAGACAAGAAAACACCCCAUGGGCCCAAGGAACAGCAGGAGAAAGGCAGUGGCCAGAAGAAACGAGAGGUUACUGGGGAUGGAACUAAUUGUCACUGA